UAUUAAAACAUGCAGAGGCAGACGAGCUUGGGGCCUUACUGAGAGGAAUGAGACUGCAGCAGAGGGGAGAGGAGAGGGAGAGCUGCCUACUGCAGCCUGCCUGCCACACAGAGCCAGAGAGAGAUGACUACUACUAUUAUCACAUGUUAUUUUCCCCCGCUCAGCUACCCGUUGAUUUGUGUAUGAAAACCUAGCGCUUUUCUUUUACUCCUGCAUGCUUGCCCCCCUUCUGGGUUUCUGCUUUUUGAGUGAUCAGCUGAUGAAGAGGCUAGCUGCUCGCCGCUAUGCUGGCUUGCUAAUUCUCUCCACUCCAGCUGCAGCCGCAGCCCAUCCAGCUACAACCCAUUCUGAUCCACAGAGUCAGACUGCAGACUGCAGACAGAACGGGGCCUUGGAGGACAUGGAGGAGGACAUAAGCCUAAAGAAACGGAAAGGUGAUCACCACGGCGACAAAGACUCUGAGUCGCGAGACUCCGGCCAGGAGGCUGGAGGUGAAAAGGUCAAGAAACGGAGAGGUAGACCUCCGGCGGAGAAACUGCCCCCCAACCCUCCCGAGCUCACCAAGCAGCUUAACACACUGGUGGACAUGGCUAUCAACUACAAAGACGGGUUGGGCCGUCAGAUCAGCAAAGGCUUCGUCCAGCUGCCUUCUAGGAAGGAGGUGCCAGAGUACUACGAGUUGAUCCGCAAGCCUGUGGACUUCAGGAGGAUCAGGGAGCGUGUGCGCAAUCACAAGUACCGGAGUGUGGGAGAUCUGGAGAAGGACAUUAUACUGCUGUGUCACAACGCCCAGACCUUCAACCUGGAGGGAUCUCAGAUAUUUGAGGACUCGAUCGUUCUCAAGUCUGUGUUUGAGAGUGCACGACAGAGGAUCGUCAUUGACAAUGAGGAGAAAAAGGACAGCACUGCCAUCUGUGACGAUGAUGGAGGUGGAGACAAUCAGUUUGUUUCAUCAGAAGUGAAAACAGUGACAAAGCAGGUGAAACAGAGGAUGAAGAAGGAGGAGAGGAGCAGAAAGAUGAAGAUCAAGAAGACAGUCUACAGUGAUGUAGACAGCAAUGAGGAUCUGGAGGACAAUACAGCUAAAGAUGAGGGUUGACCUGGAGGACCAACGCUAGUUCAUUUACCCUCCUUAUCCUCUUUCUUUCUCUCCGCUGUCACUGUUUUUGCAAUGCAGCUUAUUAGUUUGCUCACCUUGCUAAAGGUUUGUCUCAUCUCAAGUCAAGAAGGCUACUCAAAGAAAGGAAUUUACGUACUUAAUGAUGUUGGUCCUCAAGUAAUUCAUGCAGCCUUAAACGUUCAUGUCUCUUGACUAUUAUUUUGCCUUUUUGUUCUUUGGGAUUUAAUGGUGUUGCUCCCUUGGUCCUCAUAUGAAAGCUAUUGUGUGUAUCCUUAAUGUGUAACCAGAGGAUAUCUCCCCCCUCUUUUUCCAUUAGUUGUUUUUGUAUUUGAAAAUGUUAUUACUGUGUGUGUGUGAAAGGCCUUCAUACGUCUUGGAGCAUGAUGUAUUUCUGCUAAGACGGAGACCGCCCUCAGAGAGUGGCGCAUGUUGAUGACAUCACUAUAUGUUGUGUUACAGGUGUGGGAGAUGGCAGAAAAUGGUUGGUCAGUUCUUCAAUAUGACCAGGAUGGACACUACUGGAUUGUUUCAAAUCUCAAAAUGUGUGGAUUUAAAAUGAAGUAUGAUUCUGUAAUAAAUCUCAAAAUGGGAGAAUUGUAUUUGAACAAUAUUCUGUUUUCUGAAUGACCUGAACACCAACAUUGAUUUCAUACUUAAUUAGCAGAUAUAAACAGAUAAAGUUGUAUUGUUUCAGCUGUAAGUUUUAUAUUGUAUACUCAUGGGCUUCUUGUGUUAUUUUGCAUCUUUUUCAGUUUGGUUUAGAGUGGCAACUGUCAAGUCCCCAGGUGACAAACAAGGAGAAAAGAGAGAUCUUCCAGCAGGAGACCGUAGGGAUUUGUGUUGAGGUCUUUUUUUGUGUUUCUCUCUCUUGGCAAGACUGAAAGUUGUCAUCCUAUUCCUAUAAAGACAGUCAGUCCUUGGCAGAACAUUUUGACAACCAAUGGGGAGACCGAUUCUGGCAAGAAGAAGUACAAGUCUCUGCAGUAGCUACACUAAGAUAGAUUCUGACAAGAAGUUUGUGUGCAAGUAUCUACAGUUCUUCUAUACUAAUCCUGCUUUGUGUAAAAAAAGCAAUACAUCAGUCAGUGUAGCCAGCAGAAACAUAUUCUAU